GGCCCUAUGGAGACACAAUGGAGGUCUAUGGACGACGUGCACGUCGACAGACAGUUCAACGGGUCCUCUGAGCAGAUAAGUCGUCCCCAUACAAACCAGACGAGGGUUCAUUGCUAUUGACCCGCGAGAACAGCGCGUCCACAGAGCCUCCCCACCUUGAAUGGCCUUGUUGAAAAGGAGAGCCAUAAAUUGUGGGAUGAGCAGGGGGGGAGACUCUGCAUCCCCCUCCUCUCGCAUCCCCCUCUCUCACAUGCUAUCUCUUUCUUUCCUUUACCAAGUAGUGGUUUCCAUCUCACCAAACCCUUUUCCCCCUGAAUGUUUAAAAAGAUGAAAGGAUAAGGAAAAGAAUGGAGACAAAAGAGGGGAGGGUUACGUUACAACCCUGCCCCUGAGAGACUGCUCAUGAAAGAGUCCGGGGAUGGGAGAGAUAGGGACCGGAGAGGAGACGCAGAAAGAGAAGGGGGAUCAUGAAAAGAGGUUUUUCAAACUCAAAGCCGCUAAAACGGGACACUUCUGUAUAGAGGCAGACUAAAGUGCAGUCUUCACUCAGGGACGGAGACAUUUAACACUGUCAAUACCCUCAAAUAGAGGGGAGCGUUGAUGUACUUGCACCCAUUGACUGAUUACACAAGCACACAUGCAUAUACACACUAUAUGCAUUUUUUUCUUUUUCUCUUAACCAUGCCCAUCGUACAGCAGCACUCAGUGUAGAUUUCAGAAAAUCUUCCACCAGAUUAUCGUUACCAUUAACACACAAACACUGCCUGGUGUCUCCCUCACAAGCAUUCCUCCUUCCUGGCAUUUAGUGUCAGUCACUCGAAAUCCUUGCAACCCUCCCACCAUUCUCUCUACCUCUGAAUUUGUCUGAACUUGCCCUGUAUGCACUUAGAUAUUUCUGCCUCAGGGUGCAUCAGUGAGAGUUGGAGUCUGAAAAAAAAGCAAGAGAAAGUUGUUAGCUUGAUGCGGACAGGAUUGGCGGUCUAACAAAGAUGACGAUUGAAAAGUCACUUACGCGCAGAGGUUGUUUUUUGCACUCUUGCUCCCACUCUCUCAUAGACAAAACUAACUGCAACAAUUCCACGAUCAAUAAUGUACAGAGGUUAGUUCAAUGUUCCUUCACAGUUUUUCUUUCUUAUUGUCACGUCAGACUCAACAAAAGCCUUUAAGUCACAACAUAAUCCACGGAAUAACACAAUUGUCUACAGCGGUUAUCGUUUUUUCCUUUUGGGAUUUCUCUUUUCAACAAACGUCUUUCAUGACCCAAACUGCUUUUCAGACUUUUAUUAAAGCGUGACUAUAACAAAACUGAUCCUUUUCUCAACCUGUCUUUGACAUGAGGAACUUGCCUUAGGCAACAUCACUCACUGUGUCUCAUAUAGCUGGGAUAUUAGUUUCAUUUUCUACUUAUUAUCUUCUGCUCAUGAUCCACCUUUGGACAUUUCACUGUAUUCACCUAUUCUCAUUUCCAAAUGUCACUUUCACUACCUCCAGCUCCUCUGAGAAAUGUUUUCCCACACGCAGCGCCAUCACACAUCAACUUGUUGCUUCGCGUUGGACAUCCUCCUUCGUUUGAAACUCAGAUCUGAGCGUAAUUGGAAGGUAGCUAUUAUGGCAAUUACUGCAAAUAGCUGAGCUGUCAGGGCGAGCUAAAAGUCUCUCUGUCCACAAGUGAGCCAGCGAGUCAGACGUCAGACUUCAAUUACAGAUGCUCGACCUCCCUAUGGUACCAGUAUGUCAGUUCUGCAUCAUCUCCUCUUCCAUCUUCACACACUUGGAUUCUCUGCGUCUGAUUUGUUUUUCCUUUUCAACGCUCCUUCCAUCAUUCACCUUUUAAUGCACUCCACUCCCUCAUCGUCCUCCUUCCCCCUAUAUUCAAACCUCUCUUUAAUAGGAGUUGCACUGCCAUUUGUAACAGUAUCAUACACACUGAGGUAUGGCUGCAUAUGUUUCCAAUUUCAGGAGUAAUGCUUCUCUCUGUGCAAUCUGACCCAAUUAGCCAAAGCCUCCUGGAAAUGCCCCAGUCGGCAGCCAUGGUGGUAAAGAGGUAAAGGGUCAAAGGUGAUUGGUGCUUCAUACAACCUCCACUGUUGCUCGCUUCGGAUGAGGAAAGUCCCCCAUCGAAAAAAAACGUACAGGAAGAGCACCAGAGGAAGGAUCUCUUUUCCAGGGCCGACAGAUGACGCAAAGACUUUGACUUUGCCAACCAUCCCCUCUCCCUCUUCAUCUCCACAUCUCUCCUCUCGUCUGUGUGUCUCUCCCGAUGCCUCGCUCUCGUCGGAUGGGAGACAGCGACACACAGCAGACAGGAUGACGAACCAGUCGAAAGCCAACCAGUCCAACACAAACAAGAAGGAGAAAGAAGAAAGCCAGCGAGAUGACAACACAGAGGUUGCAUAUAAAGAAGCAGGCCACUGCAGCCGCAACUCCCACAACCUGCUGCUGGGACUCACUAUUCUGGGUGUUAUCUUGGGAUCGUUGUUUGGGACGCUGUUGCGGUACAUGAGUGUGAAGGACUAUGCUGCCCUCACUAUGAUUUCCUUCCCUGGAGAUAUCCUCAUGAGGAUGCUGAAGAUGCUCAUCCUGCCUCUAAUCAUUUCCAGUCUCAUCACAGGACUGGCUGGUCUAGAUGCCCGCUCCAGUGGCAGGAUGGGAAGUAGAGCCAUGGUGUACUACAUGACCACCACUGUAAUCGCUGCCAUCCUUGGGGUCAUCCUGGUGUUGAGUAUCCACCCGGGGAACCCAAAACUAAGGGGGGGUGGCGCCACAACCUCCUCAGUCCCGAGGAACCCGGAGGUCAGCAGUCUGGACGCCUUCCUUGACCUGCUCAGAAACCUGUUUCCUGAGAACCUCGUGCAGGCCUGCUUCCAACAGGUUCAAACGGUGCUGAAGAAGGUGCCGGUUAUGGUAGAAAACCAAACUGAGCCCAUCAUUGAGAACAGGAAGAAACUGGAGUACAAAUGGGGCAUGAACGUCCUCGGCUUGAUCGGCUUCUUCAUCACCUUUGGGAUCUGCAUGGGCAGGAUGGGCGAGCGAGGGAGGGUCAUGUGCGAAUUCUUCAACAUCCUCAACGAGAUAAUCAUGACGAUGGUCUCCAUAAUCAUGUGGUACUCUCCUUUCGGCAUUGCCUCCCUGAUUGCGGGGAAGAUUGCGGCCAUCGGAGACCUGGAGAUGGUUGCCAGGCAGCUGGGCAUGUAUAUGGUGACCGUCAUCGUCGGCCUGUUGAUCCACGGCGGCUUGAUCCUACCUGCUAUAUUCUUCACUAUCACUAGAAAAAGCCCCAUCACUUUCUACUCUGGAAUCUUCCAGGCUUGGAUCACAGCUCUGGGCACUGCCAGCAGUGCGGGAACGUUACCCGUCACCUUCCGCUGCCUGGAGGAAAAUCUGAAGAUUGACAAGCGUGUGACUCGUUUUGUGCUGCCCAUCGGCGCCACCAUUAACAUGGACGGCACUGCGCUGUAUGAGGCUGUGGCAGCCAUCUUUAUUGCCCAGAUGAAUGACAUCUCUCUGGAUACGGGACAGAUCAUCACUGUCAGUAUGACUGCCACCCUGGCCAGUGUGGGGGCUGCCAGUAUUCCCAGUGCUGGGCUGGUUACCAUGCUGCUGAUCCUGACCGCUGUGGGGCUGCCGACUCAGGAUAUUAGUCUGCUCAUUGCUGUCGACUGGCUGCUUGACAGAUUGCGUACCUCCAUCAAUGUGGUGGGCGAUUCGAUUGGCGCGGGGAUCGUGGACCACUUGUCCAAGGCGGAGCUCGCCGAAAUUGACGCAGCAGAAAUGCUACUGCUCCAUCCAGAGGAGGAGCUCGAUUUCAUCCCUCCUCCACCGAUCCUUACAGAGAUUGACCUGAUCGACCCUUUCAAGCCGCCCAAUCUGCCCCCUCGCUCCCCUCGCCCUCCCAAACAAAACAACCACGGCCCCGCUCUGUCCCAGUCCCAGCCCAUGAAUUACUCACCUUCCCGUUCUGUCCGAUCUCCGUCCCCGCGCUCCAUCCGCUCUCCCUCUCCACGCUCCGUCUGCUCCCACUCCCCCCGACCUUUCCGUACUCAUUCACCACGCCUUCCCCGCAGGACGGAGGCGGGCUACUGCGCCCUGCCCAGCCAUGACAACCAGGUUCCCACAAUGCAUCGGACCUACAGAGAGAGGGAACGGGAUCGCUUGAGGCGAGAGAGUGAAACCGAAGAGGACGAGGAGAGAGAGAGGGUUUUGGGUGAAGUGAGCGACGGCGAGGAGAGCGAUGACACUGCUUAUGACCGGAGGCACGCCAUGCCGACCAGCGACCUGCCAUGAUUGGAUUUUUACUUCCACAAAGCCCCCCCCAUCAAUUAGUUUCUGUUUUAUGACUGGACAGUAGACUUCUGGCUGGUUACAUUGCUACUUCUUAGAUGUAUUUUGAGUUCUCUGCUCUUCAUUAGCAGAACUCUUGGAUAAGUUAUCGACAAGCUCCCUUUGAGCUUAAAACAGAUAGAUAUUAAAAUGUUGAGAAGGCCCAUAAAACCAGGUCUGAGACUUUUGCACUUUAGCAAAUUUGAGUUUAAAUUGAGAGUUGUUUCCCUUUUACUUGUGUCUCCAUUCCUGUCUUGAUUUGUCAUCUCAUAAGCAAACUUAAAAUGCUCCUGUUUGUCUGAACUUCCUUAAAUGCGCUUGAUAGGAGAAAAAAAUCUGCUCUCGACUAGAAGAGUGUCCCGGUGUUACCAGCCUUUAACGCACAUCAGUGAGUUUUUACAGUAGUUCAUCUUUUACCAUCUUUCUCUUCAACUUUUAUUUUCCUGGCAGAAGUGGAAAUUAUUUAAAUCAAAGGAAUAGUUUUACAUUUUGAGAAAAACACUGUCUUUUUUCCUAAUCUCUGUAGCAAAACCCACCUACCAACAUCUCUUAAACUCACUAUGUUUCAUGCCAAAUCUUGUUUGUUUAGUCCAUAAAGAAGGAUACGACUGUUACAAACUGGUUUGGCGUCAAUGGGUUCCAUAGAAGAAAUAGAUCAAACAUUUUGUGGUAGAAAUGUAAAAAUAUUACACUGGAUUAAACAAACCAGAUGUGACGUGUUAGUUGGUGAGCUUAAUAUAUGGUAGUAGGCUGAUUUUGUCACCCCUGGACAAAGCAAGGCUUUUCUCCUCUAUUUUAACUGCUGGCUGUAGUUUCAUAUUUAUCAUACAGACACGAGAGAGGAAAUGUCUAAUUAUUUCUUUAAAUUACCUCGAUAAUACCAACUGGUUCAUCUAAAGAGAUAUAAAACCAGCAGACAUUAUUUUUAUAAAUCUUUACCUUCUUGCAUUUUCUUCCUUGGUGCUCUUCUUGCACAUCACCCAUUACCUUGAUGUUAAUAUUGUAUUUUUAUUGUUGUGGUCUGGUCUCUGAAAUGACGAGUAAUAGGCAAGAUGCUGUUUGGAUUUUGUUGUUAUUUGAAUUGACUAGUUUUAAUCUUGUUUCAUUAUUCUUAAUCGCUGUAAAAUAACGUCAUCAGUCUCUUCCUCCCCACUGAGCAUCUCAUUUUCAUUUUAAAUUCAUCAACUGCCUCCCACCAUCCUUGAGUCUUAACUCAGAUUCACAGGUCCAGCUCGUGUGUAUA